CUUCAGAAUUAGAUUGAAACUAAUCUUUGGAAUAACAUGAAAGGUCUUGAAAUUUCCCAAUUUGGACAGCCACACCUACUGUAGAAAAUAACUUCUGCUAUCUGGACAGCACCCUGCCUUUAGCUCCCUUUAUAAUUUGUUCUCGAAGUUGCUGUGGUGAAUUUGCUAGAACAGAAUGGGAGAACCAUUCAGCCUCGAUUCUAUUAUCCUCGGGUAUGCAUCUUCCAAUAAGUAUGUAAGCUCCUCUCAGCUUCUGUAUGCACAUAGGUAUGCUGCUUCUCUGAAACUUCUCAAUUAUUUGAGGACUUUAACCGUCUUUUACAAGCAGACACGAAAAAAUAAGCAGGAUCCUCGAUCGACAUCGUUAUCAGAAUAUCGAUAUGUUGAAUCCUCCGACUACUGUCAUGCAAAAAUAUUGAUAUUCUUGUUUAAGCCUUAACAUUGUAGGAAAUUUCUCUGUUCUUAGGUAUUACCUAAGAAUCAAACAGGGGAUUUGAUUCUCCUUAUCUAUUUCAAUAAAAGAGCCUCACCCACAUGGGCAUUGCCUCUCAACCCUCCAACACACUUUGAAUUCCGGAGACUUCAUCCGUACUUUCGCCUAUCUCCUCCAACAGUUCAUUUCCACAUUUAUCGAUUAGAAACAAGAGUCUUUUCUAUGCAUAUUGCGUUUAUCUGCUGCAUAUAAUAAUGUCCACGACCCUACUUCUUCUCUGGCUCAUCUCAUCUCCUUUAAAUGCCGAUAUAUUACUCCCACCAACCUUUCUUAAAUAUAAAAAUGGUUGAGGUACGGAAGGUCAUAAUUUGAGUACGGGUGCCAGUUAAGAUUGUCCAGAUACUGUGGGAUACUUUGCCUGUACGUGUAUACGAGAAAGUAGCAUGAAUCUUCAUUUAUGAUUCACCAUUUGUCUUUUUCCUCAGGUGGGGAUCACUCGUUCUCGGUAGGUUGCCAAGUUUAUGACUAUGGCCAUACUCAUCUUCCUGUUCGAUUUUACCCAUUUUCAGAGUAAGCCUAAAUCCAAAAACUUAAAUCUUUUAUGUUUCUUCUACACUUGAAAAAACAGUAACUUUGGUAUAUAAUUAUAACAUAGAAAAUAGAAAUCAUGACACAUGAUUUCUAGUUUCUGCAGUUUUGUUUUGGUAUUACUUUGUAGAAAAACAAUAUAGGCAAAAAGUGAAUGCAAAAUGGCAAAAGGGUGCUUUGACAUUUUGUGUUUUAGAGGAACCCUUUUCUUUUUUUCUUGCAUGGACAGAGAACUUUCCUCUGCAUUUCCAACGAACAAAGCGGUUGAUUCGUUUCUUGAUAUCUGGAAAAAGACCAGCUAUAAUAAACAAAGGGAGGAGGAGCCUGGCCUGAACGUGGAUACGAAUAUUUUGGGUAUAAAUUACUCGUACGCGUUCUGAGAAUGCAGUGCCCGGCCUCCUUGUACGACGUUUCGAUUAUAAUAUUAUAUACUGCGUCUUGAUUUAUAAUAGUAAGAUUGUUCUAGGUUUGAUCUUUUGGGGAAUAUUUUAGUAUCAUAAUGCUUUCUUUUUUUACAUGGAACCUGAGUUUCCUACAAGGAGAGGAUAUUACGUGUGGAAGGGACAUGAAAGUAUAUUACGCGGUUUGAAGGCCUCAAGACAGAGAAGCGCCAGCUGUGAGUACCUAGGCAACAAAGGUGAAUGGAGCUAGGUUCAAGGUGCUUAUCAAUGGUGAAGAAGGCGCAGCAGGAGACAGCAAAGAGAGUUUCAUCUCCAUCAUCAUCGUCUUCGUCAUCAUUGUGUUCAUCACCAUCACCAUCGUUGUCAUCAUCGUCAUCAUCAUCCAUGUGUAAGAACAAGAAGAAGUACAAGGGAGUGAGAAUGAGAAGCUGGGGAUCAUGGGUUUCGGAGAUCAGAGCUCCGAACCAGAAGACGAGGAUCUGGCUAGGCUCUUACUCCACGGCCGAGGCUGCAGCCAGGGCUUAUGAUGCCGCACUUCUCUGCCUCAAGGGCUCCUCGGCUAAUCUCAACUUCCCAGAAAUCUCGUCCUCUCUCUGCAUUCCAUCAACCAACCAUGAAAACACAGUCAUGUCGCCCAAGUCCAUACAAAGAGUAGCAGCUGCUGCUGCAGCCAACAGCAGUAUCAUCCCAGCUUCUCCGAUGGCUUCUUCUUCUUCUUCUUCUCCGGCUGAUGAUCAGUACGAUGUUGUCUCAAUGACCCAUUCUCUCGGGACGUACAAUGAACAAACCAACGAAUCUUGGUGGUACAACAACUGCUUUGACGGGAUAGAGUCUCCUGAUCAGUUCAUGUUGUUCAACGGGGUUUCGCCUUUUCUGACACCCACCAUUGAUGAUUUUCUUGAAGAAGGAGGAGACAUCAGGUUAUGGAGCUUCUGCUGAAUCAUUUGAUGCAUCAUUCAAUGAUGUUUCAUGGUUGAAGCUAAAGUGUCGGAAAAGAACAGUUUACCAGAUAACACCAUCAUACGCAUUUCUGCAUUUUGGCUCGUCUGAUUUCACAUGAUGAAGCUAUUUUUUAUUUUCAUUUUUACUUCUUCGAUGGGUUUCGUAUACAGAUCUCAGAUAUAUGUAUCAGUCACAUUGUAUCAUAAGACUACUUAUUUUCACAUUCCGAAAUAAGAUAGAAAAUUCGUAAUACAUUUUG